CGCAGCCGCAGUGUCGAUUCGGUUUGGUGACGCUGAUUUUGUUGUCUUAACCCAGUUACUGUCGUUAGCUACUGCUCUGUCUCGUCUGUGCGAACUAGCAAGUAUAAGUUGCAGUUAUGUAGCACACAGAAGAAGGACUUUACCCCGCUGUAACCAGCUAACAUUAGCUCCUGUGACAUUCCUCCAUCGGAGUGUGAAACUACUGCGGUUCCGUUUGACAACCAGCUAGCUAACUGGCUAGCUAGCCACACGCUAGCACACAAGCUGGUGUGAGUUCGCAAUGUGCUGCUGUUUGUUUUUCGCUGUCUCUCGUCUCGGCUAGCUUUUUAACCCAGCAGCCAGGCGGCUAACCUAGCUACAUUUCUGUGAGGUGCGAAGCAGAAAAUACACCGCAUCCGUCUCCUUAUGCUGUUGGUGCUGUCAAGUGUCCAGCUAAGAUGUGGCAAAGUGUCGGGCUCACAUUGCUGGUCAUUGUGGCCACAAUUGUCUGUGCGCUGCUCUUCAUGCUGUUUGGUUGGUAUGUAGUCUGGCAGCUCUUUCUGUCCAAGUUCAAGUUCCUGCGUGAACUUGUUGGGGACGCUGGCACCCCACAGGCCGAAACGCAGCCGUCCGAAACCAAGAACGAACGCACAGCUAAUGUCCCAACACGAACUCGGCCCAGGACUGCACGCCAAAGAGCUACUUCUCCAGAAAGCACUACAUAGACCAGCCAGACAGCCACUGUAUAUCCUUAACAUCUGCUCAUCAAGCCCCUCCUCACCGUGACUGCUCAUCAGCCCUCUACCAACGUCAUGUGACACCAUCACAAGUGUCUCCAACUGACCCUGCGCUCUGUGCUACACAAAGACCUUGUGGACACUCAGUAGUCCGCCCUCCUCUUUACCAGGACACUUUAAACUGACCAGGCAGAUCUCCUGGUUUCAAAGGGAAAAGCCAUUUACGUGAAUUUAAUGUCCAUUUCUUUAUGUCAUCUGUUCAUAUCUUUGAUUAUGUACAGUCGUGAGUGUACCGAGUCCUCUUAUCCUGCAGCAGUGGCAACCAGCUUUUAUGAGCAGCCACACUGCUUCCUGUCACCUCCGGUGGAGCACAAAGAGCUGCUCCAUCACACAAAGAGAUGUGUGUGUUAAUUCUCUCACAUACAUGUUUUCAUCUUGUGUUUUUAGCAGAAGUGAAUCCUACGUUGGACCACGUAGGCAGAUAAAGGUUAAAAAUGAGCUCAUCUACGUCACUUCAGACAGAAACAGUGAUUUAAACAGCUGAGAAUUUUAUUCUCUGUAAACCAUAAGAGUGCAAUGAAAGGAAUGUUUAUGCUGUCAUUUUGUUGUUUAUUGCACAGUAGACUCUAUGUGUUAUAGACUACCAUCCAGUAUAUAAUGCCCAACAGCCUCCAAGGAAGAUGAUGAAUGACACGAUUUCAUUCCAGCUGUGUAAAAUGUCACCUUUUUUCUCGCAAGUUCUCCUUCCCCUUCCCUCCCUUUUCAAAUAGAUUAAUACUUGAAGAAUCAGGAGGAAGUUUUAAAAAAAAAACAAACUGUUGGCGUUCAGAAGCAGCUCUAGACAAAGUGAGCUGAUCUCCAGAAGCAGUGGAACAAGGCUCCUGGCUGAACCCUCUCCCGUUCCCGGUGCCUCUGUCUGUGUCAGUGCCUGUCGAGACGGCAUCCACUGUUUGUUACACGACCUCCUUUUGUAUAACUGACAGUUGCUUGGUUUCCAUUACAGAGAAAAUCAAAGGUGAACAGGGCCUAGACACUAUUUAUGUAAUGUUCUCCCUCCAGGUAAAACUCAUGAAACUUUUGCACCUUUAUAUCAGCAGUGAUUAUUUUUCUUCUUCUUCUUCUUCAGUGGAGCACGAGCUUCAAGUGUAUAAUGCCAUAAAUAUGUUGAGCACUGACCUGUUGGUUUUGAGGAAAAAGUCAGUCGAGAAGAAACGUGACUGAUGGUUCAGAGUACUCUUUUAUAUUAGGUAAAAAUUACUGGUGUAAUAAAGAUGUUAAGUAUCCCAAA